CACUUUCAUUCAGAAAGACAUAUCAGGCACUCUGUUAUCCAACUUGGUCAAUUGUAUGUCUAGUAAAAAAUGUUAAAUAACUCUAGUUAUAUGCUUUGUGUCAAUUUUGAGUAUAGGCAUAGAACGGCUGUGAUUUCACCCGAGAUAAAUAACUUGUCACAAGACCCCAGAACAAAAGACAAGACAAAGAAAGGCAGCUGACUGCUAGUACAAUAUUUACUAAGUAGGGUGCGGAGGUGGACAUGAACAUUGGAUCUGUCCCUGAGAUAACGUGUCACAAGAUCUGUGCAAAAAAGGACAAGACUAAGAACGCUAUGUGACUGCAGGACAUGCACAUUGGAUCUGUUUCUACAUUACAUCACUCCCGCCUCUAAAAAUCCUUUUGCUUACAGGAUCCUUUUCAAAUCAGAGGUGGAAAAUGUAUAGAAGAGUAAUAAAAAAAAACAGCAACACAAAUCGAUACAAGGGAGACAGUCCCAAACGAUAAUUACGACCUCAACAAAAGUUCACUCCUCAUUUAAUUUUGUGAAAAACUAAACUGUGACAAGACAAUGUUGCAAUGUAGCUGUUACAAAUGUUUGAUGUAACGUGAUAGGCAGAAUGAUUCCCUCUCAAGAUAUUAGCAUUCAUUUCAAGUUAAGUAGUUAUUUGUUGUUAACUGUUUCAAGCCGGAUGUUAGAUAUUAUGUAUAACACAUAGAUACUUUCAAGCAGGUGUAAAGGGAGGUAACAGAAAAGUCGCAUGAUGGAGUGAGAAGUUGUUUCUCUUCAGUUGAAAAUCCGAUUGUUUAUCCCUUUUUUUUUCCUCACUUAUGUAUUCAUUUGUGUGUGUUAGCACAAAUUUGGAUCCUACUCCCAAACCCCAUCCACAUAUUAGUCUCUCUCUAUAUGUGAUUCUUCAAACACAGUGCUGCUUGUCCUCUCCCCUCUCUCUCACACACACUUGUCCCCCCACACACACAAGCACACACCUGUCCCCUCUCACACACACACUACUGCUUGUCCUCUCACACACACACACGCAGCUGUUCCUUUUCACAGAGUGCUGCUUGUCCUCCCCCUCUCUCUCUUAUGCACACACCUGUCCCCUCUCACAUGCACACAGCUGUUCCCUCACACACAGCUGUUCACUCUCUCACACUGUUGCUUGUCCUCUCUCGCACAGCUGUUCCCUCUCUCACACAGCUGUUCCCUCUCACACACAGCUGCUUGUCCUCUAUCACCCACACCUGCUUGUCCUCUAUCACCCACACACACCGCUUCCUGUCGUCUGGGUUCCAUUUCACACACAUGCACGCACUCGCUGCUGGGUGCCUGGGACGCGCCAAAGAUUUCACUCGGACACUGGUUAGUCCUGGGAGAGGGGGAUGUUCACCCUGGCCACCCCUUAAUCGCUCUUGCUCCCCCUUUCCCCAAUCUGUCUGCUGUCGCUUUGCACCCUGGGAACUAUGUGAGUUUCAGAUUUACCUGUAUGUUUGUAGGCGUGUAUGGAAUGAUCUAGGAAUCUAAGGCUCCCCGAGCGUUAGCUGUCAUACAGUUUGUGUGACGUCUGCUACACUCAACAGUUCCUUCCUUUGUCUUUUGUAUCCCCCCCCCCCCCACAAUUGCUCCUCACAGUCUGCCGAUGUAACCCCGUGACCUCUCGCUAUUGCAUCGUUGGCUCAUAAAUUUAGCCCAGAGGAGAUGUGUCGCUAGAUAAUUGUGCUGAGAUGAGUUUGUCGUCUUGCUGAUGAGAUGUGUGAUAGUGUGUACCGAGGCAAGUAUGGCAGCUACCUGCUCAGACAGACUCAUGUUUGUCUCCCCUCAAAGGUCUUGCCGCAGUUGUUUGUUGUUUUCUUGUGCUGCUGUUUGUGACUGCACAUCCCUGAGACUACCUGGGCUCUGAGGCCAGACACUAAGACAUGGAGUCUGGAGAGACGACAGCACACACUGACGUUAGACAACAACUAUCUACAUACCAGCGUUAGACACCGAGAUACCUACUUACGGUAGACAGCGAGUAAGAUACCCACCGACUGACCAGUGGUUCUCGAAGUAUUUGGCACAGUAGACCACUUUACUGAAGUAAAAAGUACGACGGUCCGCCAAGGUCUAAAAUCACUGUGUAGCGUGCAUUUCACAUGUAAAUGGCGGCAUCUGCUUGGUAACAAUUGAAAACUCAAUGUACUUUGUGACAGUAGUAUGGUAAUGAGUUGACGUCAAAUUACGUACUUCGUAAAGUACACGUAACAAUCACAAAUAAUGACGUGCACUGCGGUACUAAAGGUAACGGAUGACGCAAUGCUCGCACUGUGACGUCAAAAAUUGAGUGGGUCAGCCAGCGUGUCAUGCCACCGAGCAGCUGGACAUGGAGACAGUAACACUGGUGUGACAUCAACACUGGACUAAUUAGUAAUUAGUGUCUAUCGUCACCCAGUUGUAUUGUGUACUGUACACCAUUGGAUGAACAUUAUUUAAUUACACAGCUAUAUUAUCACCCGCUUCUGUUGUGCACACCACUGGAUGAACAUUGUGAUUUGUGUAUUGUCCGUGCCCACUGCCCAUCUUUGUGUUGUCUCCACUUUACUGUGAUGGGUUUGGCAUUAUUUUGCUUCUUUUUCUUAUUCGUAGUUCCGAUGGGGGAUUCGAUCCUUCGGACACCUCAUUCUCUGCCGGUGUGUUUUUUAAAUCCCUUUGUUUGAACGGGACUUCGAUCUUACUCUCACCCUGUGCCCCAAUCGUUUUUUUUUUUCCAGCCACUUCGCUCCCCGCAGGGUUUCGAUGUGCUGUCUGAUCUCAGCGUACAUCCGAGGCCGCCCGGCAGCAAGCAAAGCGGCCAUUCCCCCCCCCCCACUUCCCCCCGCUGCACGGGGCUGGGUAACGGCAAACAGCGCGGACACUGGCGCGGACAGGGGUUGAGGGGAUGCCUAAGGGAAGGGAGGCACGAGAGGAGGUGCAUCAGGACUCGACGAGAUGGACGUCAGCACCAUCAACACCACGCGACGGACAAAAGCCGCCAUGUUGCUGACGUCAGCCGCCGUGAGAGCGAGGCAGCGCGCGGGCCACACUCCGCCGCAGGAGCGCGCGUGAGCGAAGGGUGGCAGGAGGUCGCGUACAGGCUGAGCCAGCUAACAUGGCAGCGACUGGCCCACUCCCAGUAACAAGCAGCCAAACGAACACAAAUAUCCCCCCCCCUUUCCCCACCCCACACGCUCCUCUCUCUCUCCGCCAGCCCCGGGUUCCACACGUCAGUCCCAUCCCUCUUUCCGUUUGAAGAAGACCAGAGCUCCGCGAAGCGCUUACGUAGGUUUGCCUGGGAAAUCUCGUCUCGCGAGCUUGGGAGUCUGGUCACGUGACUCAACAUGACGCUUGGCUGGCCUGGUGUGGAGCGGAGCGGGGGGCAGGGCGGCGCCAUGGAUGUGCACAAGUCUUGUUGGAGCCUGUGCCGGGGUGCCGCUCCUGCAGUGGGGGGCUAAGCACACAACCCCCAACACUUGGUUAUUAGCCAUCUUCACCUCUUUCCACCUCGCCUCCUGCCUCCAUUUCCGGUUUGAGGCUCAGUUAGCCACGGAACACGAAACUCACCAACCUCUGGACACUUACUGCUGGACUUUGCUGAGGGAUUGACCAGACCUUGUCCAACUCGAGAAGUUGAAGACCCUGUUGCCCCUAGCAGCAAAAACUCGACAUCUUUCCUCACCUGGGUCAUCAUGACACGAUAAGCUUUACCUCAAUUUUCCACCGUUGGCCAUGACAGUUCUGACUUGGAGUAAGUCGUGUCAUCCCUUCUUGCCAUGACGACCAGUAACAGCACGGCGACGGUGUCGCUGUACCUACUGACGGUGCUCCAUGAAUGUUUACGUCGCCAAGACAACGUGUCGGCCAUGGCGGCAGGAGUCACGCUCCCUGACUCGGAGUCUGAGUCGACGGCGGGGAGUGAGGGAGCGCUGACGGAGGGGGAGCAGGACACGGACAAGGGGGCCGUCAUGUACAUCGCUGCCGUCCUUGUCUUCUACUCGCUGGGUAUCGUCGUUAUGAUCAUCAAGUACCUGAAGACGGAGCGCAAGGAGAUCGAGGAGGAGAUGAUGCUGGAGAGCUUCUUCAAGGGCAUCCCCUCCAAGCGCAUCGAACACGAGCGAGAGGCUGUGAACAGGGUGGCCAUUCGGGCCUUCCACACUCUCACCUCCAACGCUGCCCAAAACGAACAACUGCUGAUCGCGGCGGCGGCAACGGCCGACGCGGGGUCCGACUCCAACGCCAGGGGCCCGCGCCAUCAGGGGUCAGUGCCUGAGGACUCGGAUGACAGCAGCGGGCUCGAAGACCCCUCAGACGUCCUGCGGCGAGAGAGAUUGAAAUAUCUACCUCGGGUGUCUCUGAUGUUCCGGGAAUCUCGUUCGCUCAGUGAUCGGCGGAGGCAGGACAGCGCACGGAGCAUGCGCGGGCGGUCGCUCCAAGUGGACCAGUCAGAAAGCGCCCCUCAAAGCUCCGAUGCACCAUCUUGUGGUCAGCCACUGGCAGGUCGUGACGUUGUCGGAGGCCGCGGAGGCACCGAGGGGGACGUGAGCUCGGAAUCUGUUGAUAGUCAUGGCAACUGCAGGACGUCGUCCGGCACGACAGCGGUGAAGGAGUCGGGGCGGUCCACCCGGCGCUGCAAGAGGGACUCGCUGCGGAUGUUGAGGACCAGCGGCCCGCCUCAGUGCAGCGCCACCGCACUCAACGAUGACCAGGAGUCCGGCUUCGGAAGCGGCACACCGGACGAGGGCGGCGCCUCUCCUCGCCUGGAAGCCCGUGGGGUUAGCAGGGUCAAGGACUUAAACGAGGCCUUGGCGGACAGUUCGCAUCAGAUGCAGCCUCACUCUGAUGUCAGCGGUGCUCCCAGUCUCGGGUUGGUGCGGCGUCUGCUGGAGUCCGACGUCUGAUGUCCGGACAGCGGCCACAGUGCCUGGCGAGUGGGCGGCGACCAUGGAGCUGGCUCAGUGCUGCCAUCUUCCCGAGCGCUGGAAAGCGGCAUCUCGUCUGCAUCAUCCAACGGCUGCUGAAGACGGGAUGGCACCGAUCAAAGAGCGACCUUUGACUCUACUAAAAGGUCACACUCAAGCCCUGCUGUGCGCUGUGUGCGUCAGAUAAAUGUGACUGAAAACGUGAUUUAGUCGUGACUCAGAGCUGUGACGUCUAACAUCAUAGUCGUGACUCAGAGCUGUGACGUCUAACAUCACAGUCGUGACUCAGAGCUGUGACGUCUAACAUCACAGUCGUGACUCAGAGCUGUGACGUCUAACAUCACAGUCGUGACUCAGAGCUGUGACGUCUAACAUCAUAGUCAACACUGAGGGGCCAACAAACGAGAUGUAGUUGAGACCUGGUGACGCAGAGCGGUGACGUCCAGCAUCAUCAAAGAAGUAACAACUGUGGUGUAGAGUGACCACAGCUGUGACCAGGUUGCAAGGAAUCAGAACUGUGGACUGCGAUGUGUGUGGCGCCCUCUCAGCGGCCUGCCAGAGUCCAAGCUGUCUGUACCAAGGUCUGCUGGAUGUCUGCGUGUUGGUCAGAGACUGAGACAUGACAUGACAUGACAUGACAGUAGGCGGCUAGUGAGGGCAGUGUUAAUGACGCCAUCUUCACACACAUGCUCCCUUCAUAGCAUUACCUCCUCCAGUCAUAACCUCUGAUUGCGACAACCACAACCGGACGUUAAUGGACGACCACUCUCUCCCCGCUGUAAAGUCAUGUCGACAUAAAGCUUCAGUCCGCGAGCGCCAUUGCCAGCCCACAAGGCCACAGCAUCUGUGUCCCUCGCCUUGGCCAGUACACAGUGUGUGUGUGUACCUUGGCUGCUGCUCCUCCUCUCUUCCCCUCCGUAUCCUGAAGGGUCAAAGCCUCCUCCUGCUCUCUUCCCCUCCGUAUCCUGCAGGGUCAAAGCCUCCUCCUCCUCUCUUCCCCUCCGUAUCCUGCAGGGUCAAAGCCUCCUCCUCCUCUCUUCCCCUCCGUAUCCUGAAGGGUCAAAGCCAGCUCCACAUCCCCCUCCUCUCUUCCCUCCUUAUCCUGCAGGGUCAAAGCCAGCUCCACAUCCCCCUCCUCUCUUUCCCUCCGUAUCCUGAAGGGUCAAAGCCAGCUCCACAUCCCCCUCCUCUCUUCCCCUCCAUAUCCUGCAGGGUCAAAACCUGCGGCUCUCCCCUCCUCUCUUUCCCUCCGUAUCCUGCAGGGUCAAAGCCUCCUCCUCCUCCCCCUCCUCUCUUUCCCUCCGUAUCCUGCAGGGUCAAAGCCUCCUCCUCCUCCCCCUCCUCUCUUUCCCUCCGUAUCCUGAAGGGUCAAAGUCUGCCCUGGGAGCGAGGCGCUCGAUAAAUUUCACGAGUCUGACGGCGCGAGCACGAAAAUCGUGAUUGCCUGUCAGCAGCAAAAAAAGCAAACAAUCAUCUAACCUUGUCUUCCUCCAUUCAGCACAGAGCCACACACCUAGUGACCGCCAUCGGUGGGUAAUGGAGCAGCCAGGCGUGUCAAUAGUUAUUGACUGAGUGCAGUGUGUAAUCGUGGGAGGCCCCCAGUCAUUGCAACAACGACGACCCUCCCUGCACCGUGCCUAGAAUCGGAGGCGGGGGGAGGCGCACAGAAUGAACGCAGUCACUGGUGGCAUCCCUCCCAAAGAAAAUAAAUAACAAACAGCGCAGCCAAUAGCUAACCCUUCUCAAAGAAAGAAAUAGUGAAUUGGCCAAACUACACAAAUGUCUGAUGCGCCGUGCAAGCAAGGUGAUGCUGCGAGGAAUGCAAAACUGUACCAACACCACUCGUGAGCACCUGUCAGCAGAAAGAACCUGUCAGACCAGGCACCAACACGAGACAGAUCUUCACCUGUGGCUGUCUGAGAGAAAAACAUCAACAACACCAGCGGAAACUCUAGCACAACCUUAUCUACCUUGAACAUGGCAUUUGACAGAGUGUGGCAUGUGAUGUGGCAUGUGAUGUGGCACUGUGAUGUGGCAUGUGAUGUCCAAACUUCCACGUGGAAGAAGGCCUCGUCGUCAUGGAAUCGCCGUCAGGACUUCAGCCAGUGAUGCUGGAUGACCACACAGCAGAUUUGUCUAGCAUAACAAUAGGCAUAUGUCAAGGAUGUCUCCAUUCACACGUACUAUAGGGCAGGAAGCACGUCACGAUCAUCACCUGUCCAUGUCCAUCGGGGGGGGGGGGGAGGUCGAUACACUUGGAAGACGACCUUCACCUGCUGGGUAAGACCUCACCUACAGACAGACAGACCACGGACGUGUACAGGUGGACUGCUGUCUGUGUGCCGAGACCAACGCUUAGCCUCUUGCCAAGUUCUCCGCUGUUAGUCUCGGCGAGCCUACACAAUGAAUGUAACUAAACCGGAAGCUUUGUAGACACCAGCCUCGUUUUAGUAGUUAACUGGAAAAAUCGUCUGCCGGCAGUCCAGUCAUACAAGUGCGUGGACAGACUGACAGACAGCACCACCAUAUCUGGAGUGGAGACCAGAGCUGACAAGAUCAAAAUUAUGGUUAACACCAACGGUAACAACAUCAAACAUCGACAUGACCAGAGUACAGCUCGAGGACGUGCGCACCUUUAAGUACUUGCGAGCUGUACUCUUCACAGACGACGGCUCCACGACAUCCAACUACCUACAUCAACAUGGCAACAACAACAGUGGCAAUGACUGAGCUGUACAGGACUUGGCGUAGCACUAACACAGUCUAAGAG